GGGGUGAACACAAAGAUGACCAGCCAUGGCGUGGACCUUCGCAUUUUUCUCCGCGUUUUGCGUGGCUGAUGGCCUGGCAAGCUUCAGCACCAGGUCUGGCCUCAAAGCUGCGGUGGAUGCCUGGGCCACAGCGAGCGAACCCCAACGGCAACACUUGAGAACCCGCUGGGGCGACAUCUCUGAGUGGAACGUCUCUGCAGUGACCAACUUCAGUGGGCUGUUCGAAGGCCUCGCAGACUUCGACGAGAGGAUCGGCGCCUGGGAGACCUCCGCCGUGACCGAUCUCAGCUACACCUUCAGUGGAGCUACGUCCUUCAACCAACCGCUGACGUGGGACACCUCUGCCGUUCGCUCCAUGCGGGAGAUGUUCAGCCGUGCCAGCCGUUUCAAUCAAUCACUGGCCAGCUGGGACACAUCCAAGGUGGAGGAUAUGCACGGCAUGUUUGCAGGUGCUUCUUCGUUCAACCAGGUUGUGGGUUCCUGGGAUACUUCCAAAGUGCGAGACAUGAAGGAGAUGUUCUUGGAUGCCUCCGCGUUUGACCAGGCGCUGGGCGGCUGGAAGACGUCCGCCGUGACCGGCAUGAGCGGCAUGUUUGCCCGUGCGCUCCGCUUCAACCAGGCCGUGGGUGGCUGGGACACCUCGAAGGUGACCACGAUGCUUGGCAUGUUUGGCUCAGCCCGGCGCUUCAACCAGCCCCUGGAUGAGUGGAACACCUCGGCAGUGACUGAUAUGAGCUACAUGUUCUAUUAUGCCGUUGCUUUUGACCAGGCUGUGGGCUCCUGGGACACCUCAAAAGUGACCACUAUGCAUUCCAUGUUCAGUGGAGCGAGGAGCUUCAACCAUCCAUUGAGACACUGGAAGACCUCUAAUGUCAGGGACAUGUCACAGAUGUUCUGGGACGCCAGAAGCUUCAACCAGGCCGUGGGCUCCUGGGACACCUCGAAGGUGACCACAAUGGCGAGCAUGUUUCACGGAGCGAGCAGCUUCAACCAGUCCCUGAAUGAUUGGCACACUUCCUCGGUUUUGGACAUGAGCUCCAUGUUCGUUAAGGCGGUUGUCUUCAACCAGGCCGUGGGUGGCUGGGACACCUCGAAGGUGACCACGAUGCAGGCCAUGUUUAAUACAGCUCGGAGCUUCAACCAGUCGCUGGAUGAGUGGAACACCUCGGCAGUGACUGAUAUGAGCUACAUGUUCUUCGAUGCCUUUGUGUUUGACCAGGCUGUGGGCUCCUGGGACACCUCCAAGGUGACCGCUAUGCAGUCCAUGUUCAGCGGAGCGAGGAGCUUCAACCAACCAUUGAGACACUGGAAGACCUCUAAUGUGAGGGACAUGUCACAGAUGUUCUGGGACGCCAGAAGCUUCAACCAGGCCGUAGGCUCCUGGGACACCUCGAAGGUGACCACAACGAAGAGCAUGUUUCAUGCGGCGAGGAGCUUCAACCAGUCCCUGAAUGAUUGGCACACUUCCUCAGUUUCGGACAUGAGCUACAUGUUCGUUAUGGCGGUUGUCUUCAACCAGGCCGUGGGCUGUUGGGACACCUCCAAGGUGACUACGAUGCGGGGCAUGUUCAACAAAGCCAGGAGCUUCAAUCAGCCCUUGGAAGACUGGAACACUUCAUCGGUAGUGACCAUGCGGGACAUGUUUGAGGACGCAGCAAGCUUCAAUCAUCCACUGGGCAAGUGGGAUACUUCGGCCGUUGUGGACAUGAGCGUCAUGUUUGCUCGAACGCCUUCGUUCAACCAGCCCUUGAACCCCUGGGACAUGAGUUCCGUGAAGAAUACGAGCUACAUGUUCAUUCAUGCGACAGGUUUCGACCAGCCAUUGGGCUGUUGGAAUACAUCGGCCGUGGUAGACAUGAGCUACAUGUUCUCCGGUGCAACAGCUUUUGAUCAACCUCUUGGCACUUGGGACUUUUCAUCGGUGAAUGCCAGCAUGAUGGAGGGCAUGCUCACAGCCAACCACAUUUCUCGGUGCAAUCUACGAUCCUUGUCCCAAGCAACAAGUUUGCCAGGGAGGUUGAAACGCUACUGGGGCUUUUCCACCUGUUCCAGUUGUGAAGCUCGCCGAUGCCCUGAUUCCAAGCAAGCUUGCGUGGAUGGGGAGUGCCACCCAGUGAACUCGAACUUCAUCGAGCUUGCCCAAGGCCAAUGGGCACCACAGCAGCGGCAGGAGGUGGAGCUGGUUGACGUGGCUCGGACGUACCGCGGCUGCGCUGAAGUCUGUGAAGGGUCUGCGAACUGCUCAGCCUUUGUCUUGGAGAAGGGGCGAUGCGCCCUCUACAUCGGGAAAGGGCUGCCAGAGAAACGUGGGGAAGGCACUAUGCGAGCCUUCCUGAAGCCUCGCUGCGAGUUCUUCACCUGCCCAGCUGAGGGUGUCCUGAUGGGUAUGGAGGGCCCAGCCGUCACAGCAGCAUCCUGCUGCCGCUGCCGAGAUGGCCGAGUGAAGAACUUGAGGGUAGCGCCAGAACUCCAGUGCAUCUCAUGCCCCGCAGGGGCGGAACCAAUGAGCUGGAGCUCAUGUAGACCUUGUCAGCCUGGUUUCAUCUCGAGAGGCUCGAAAUGUGAACGCUGCAGCGAAGGGUUGGAACCCAACGCGGCCCAGAGUGAUUGCAGGGACUGCCCACCAGGGCACUUUGCGACGGCAGACAUGGAUGCGUGCAAACCAUGUGAAUUCCCCAGAAUGCUUUUUGGCGACAAUUGUGCCCCGUGGCCCUUGGUUGUCAUUUUGCUCUUCUUGUUGGUUUGCUUGGGCGUCUUGUUCUUUGUGUCCAGGGCAGUCCUGAAAUCUGGACGAAAGAGGAUCCUUGCACGAGUAGAGCGAGCGGAGAAGCUGGUGCAGAUGCUAGAUUGGGAACUCUGGGAAAUGGAGGCGGUGACCACGGUUGAGACCUAUGCAGCGCAACUGCAUGAGCUUGGCUGGACACACGAGGAAGUACUUCAGAAGGCUGGUGAGAUCCGAGCCCAGCACAGUAGAAUCGCAGGAGUCGGCAUGCGAUACUUGCUUUCGGAUUUCACUUACCUGGCAGAGCAGAGGGCACAGAAGCCAAAUCCCGACUUUCAUGAGCUGAAGGUUGCAUUUUGGUUCGGUGCUGAUCCCUUGGGAGAGCAGGUCCCCUGCCCACGUGAUGGGGAACCAGGCUGUGCCUUAGUAGACUUACUGCCCAAAGCCGAUCGACAGCCUCAGACGCAUUUCAUGUCCUGGACCUGGAGGUACACUUUGAAGCAGAUCCAAAGCGCUUUGGCGAUUUGGAGCAGCUCCACAAGGAUUGAGGCCGAAAGGGUCUUUUUCUUCAUGUGCUUCUUUGUGAACAACCAGUUCCGGAUCAUGAAAGACCAAAGUAGCUCGGGAAGUGAUGACUUGGACCAUGUGUUCAAUUCAAACCUGCGGCGGAUUGGACAAGUGGUGGCCAUUCUCGAUGCCUGGCACGAGCCGAUCUACUUGCAAAGAGUCUGGACCGUCUACGAGCAGUACGUGGCCUGCUCGCUGGAGGUGCCCGUGACCUUUGUCAUGCCUGCGGAGGCGCAACGGUCCUUGACCGCCGAGAUCAAUCGAGGCGAGCCGGGCAUCAACGAGGUCACAUCGUCCCUCUCCAAGGUCGACUCGGCGAAUGCGGAAGCCUUUGAUCCAAGAGAUGAGUUCAAAGUGAAGAAGGCCAUCCAGGAGACCGUCGGCUUUGAAGAGGUGAACGAGCACGUGCGCCAGGCCCUGGUGCAGUGGAUCAGCGGAGUCGUCCGGCUGCAGUUCCAGGAGCUGCUGAAGCGCCAGGCGCGGCCGAAACGCGCCGAGCCCGAGCCCGAGCCCGCCGAGCCGGUGGCGGGGUCGGCUCCAGCGUUAGCGGGUGGCGGCCACGAGGUGGGCCGGCAGAUCAUACCCAUUUAAUUCAGGAUUUUAAUGGGGGCGCCAUAGGAGCGCCCAGGGCAGGCAGAAUCUUAUUUAUGAG